AUGAUUUUAAAUAUUGUUUAUAUUCUUAGUAUUAUGUUUGUUAUUGGUUUUAUUAGUUUUUCUGUUAAACCUUCGCCUAUUUAUGGGGGGUUAGCAUUGGUUGUUAGUGGUGGAAUUGGGUGUGCUAUUAUUUUGAGUUAUGGUGGGUCAUUUCUAGGGUUGGUUGUGUUUUUAGUAUAUUUAGGGGGUAUAAUGGUGGUGUUUGCUUAUACAACUGCGAUAGCUAUGGAGCAAUAUCCUGAGACAUGAGGGUCAAGUGUUAUUAUUUGAGGGACAUUGUUUUUAGGUUUCUUGUUUGAGCUUGUGGGUUUACGUUGAUGAGUUGAUUAUGAGCAUGUUGAGGUAUUGGCUAAUUGUUAUGGCAUAGGUGAGUGGAUUAUUUAUGAUGCUGAGGGGGGAAGCGUAGGAUUUUUAAAUGAAGAUUCUGCUGGUGUUGCUGCGAUUUAUAGUUAUAAUUGUUGAUUGAUAUUUGUAGCUGGUUGAUCUUUGUUUGCAGGGAUUUUUAUUGUUCUGGAGAUCACUCGCGGUAAUUAA